AGACAGUGACAAUGAAAGGAAAAGGCAGAGUGAAGGUAGCGCAAACGCCCAGAAAUGGGAUGCAUACUCUCCUCCAACUAGGCCGACCAACUUCCGCUCUAUUCGAGACAGCGUCAUGGUAUCUGGGCUGUUUGGCGGUACUAGUGAUACUUCAGACCAACCACGCGUUCAGACAUCUCCGCCUUCAGACAGUGGAGCAAAGAAUCCGCUUCAAGCCGCUCUUGCAGCACUCAGUGGUUCACCAAAGGAGGCUGCCCCCAAGCGUGGACCUAAACCUCUUCUCCUCAACUCCAGCUCUCUCAUAACUCCAUCGGGUUCGCGUUCGAGUUUAAGCUCACGCACUCCUAGUCGGCGUCCUUCGCCAUCACCUACACCUCGCCCUGGUGAUCGAUUCUCUAUCUCUACUACUGAAGGAGAUGAUCCUAUAACUCCUGGUGCUAGUGGAUUCGUUUCAUUGCGGAGGGGGCCCAUCACCAAUCCGCGCACUGCUGGAUAUGGCCCACGGGAUAGUAUGCUUUCCUCGAGGGCAUCGACGUCGGGUCUGUCCAGCCCCUCUCUGAGCAGCUAUGGACUUUCAGUCGAAGUAGAGGCACCUGACGAAGAUGGAGAGUAUAGAUCUCUCCGAAAACAAAAGUCAGCGUCUCUAAAGAACGGCUUCCUGAUAGAUCAAGGGAAGCCUGGAGACCAACUGACUGAAAGCACUCCUCUAGGAGUCGUCAAGCUCAACACCAGCAGUGACUCAUCCCAUGACGAAUCCACCAACGGGUACAUAUCCGCGUCAUCCCAAAUGGAGCAGAAGGAAGAUCCUCGCUCCAAGCGACUAAUCACCAAGCCAGCCCCUAUCCUGACAAGUGCCCCUCCUGACAUUCCUGAAGUACAAGUGAUCACACCUAGAUCUGGAGAGCGGAGCAGUGGACAGAGUGACGAUGCCGCUAUCAGCAAAUCUCCAGAAGCACCCAAUAACUUGCAAUCAGAUCUGGACCUUCCGAUCCUCGACCCUCGGGUAUCCAUCGGCUCAUCUUUGACACGUUCUCGAACACCACGAGUCAAAAAGCCUAGGCGAAGCAGCCAUGAGGACCGAACUCCACGAGGAGUCACGAGACAACGGAGUCGAGGAAGCCAGGAAGAUAGAAAUCGCGCUUCUAUUAUCGGUGCGAGUGGUAGCGAGGAGGAAGGUGCACGUGCAGAUGUGGAGGAUUUGGACGAUAUUUAUACUAUGUAUUGA